AUGCGUCGACACUGCUUAAUCAAUCCUCGUCAUCAACUUUCCAGGCUGUCAGCGAAAGAGCCGUUCGCCAUUUCAUUUGACCUCAAGCCUGUUAAAACGGGUCAGCAACAGACGCAGAACGAGACUGACCAUACCGAACGGCAGGCCGUACCGUCGGGUCUGGACGCGAAGAUUAACGGUUUCGACGUCGCAAUUGCCGGUCUGAUGGCAGAGCAGCACACAUUAAAUCGCACUCGGCAAUACGUUCUAUCGACUCGCGACACUGCAUCAGGGAGCUCGGGCGACGACAAUGCUCCAGCGCAUCUAGCUCACAAACUACCCAUGAGGCCUACGUGCCCUUCGCGUUCUUUCCUAGCAAGGAAAGUGCAGUCAAGUCUCCGCCAGGAAGUACUGAUCCGCAACGCCAUGGAGAGAGAAAAGAGUUCGUCACUUCUAAACUCUAAGGGGCUGCUAACUAGCGCCGAGUUCGAAGCUGCUUUCAGACCCCACAAUCUGCCCAGCGGCAACAAUGAAAGCGACGACGGAGGUCCUGGCACUGACAAUGGUGGAGAUGACGCGAGGCUAUCUACCGAACACACGUCUUCUUCAGUAGCGGAGAACCACUCUGCACCUUUGUCCGCCACAACAGUCAAUGCGAUCCCACGCAGCACCGCCCCUUCUCCGGCCAGUGGGACAGGCGCAUUUGAGCCAUCAGCUCGGAUUGGCCAAGGCGCUCAUUGGCAGGUAAAACGUGUUACCAAACGCAAGUUGCAGGGCAACGCUGCUAAAGCGCGAUCUGCGCGGAUGAGAAGACUAAAUGAAGCGAACUCGGCAACAGUAUGAGACUAGGGACCAAUGGGGGCAGAAGAAAAGGCGUUGGGGAUGCUGAUCAGGUUCGGGAGUUCAGUCUGGAGUUUGGCGUUGUUGUCACGAAGGAAAAGUUCGGAUAGGAUUGAUAUUAAGGAUGAUCAUGUGUAGUAACGGAAUAAUCAAAAGCUGUCUUUUCUCCUCUGUAUGGUCUCUAUGUUUACUGUGAUGCUCGACAGAUUUAUCAAUCGAAAAUACUCUCUUGUAUUGCCCGAGCAAAUUUGACGCAACUGUCAAAAUCCAGAGUUGAGGAGGAUUUACUUCGACUAUCCGCCACGCCUAUGAAUCGAUUCUACCUCUACAUGAUAUUGGGUCUUUAGUAGCCUAGAUUAUCCUAUAAACUGCUGACGAUGGCGAUCAAUGCAGCGAAUACUACACUUGUUAGCCAGGAACUCUUUUCAGGAGAAAG